AUGUCCACCACGUCACAAUCUCACCCAGCAGAACCAGAGAGCGCGAAGCGCAAAGCCCCGACCGAGCAAACCUCCUCCACACCAACCUUGACAUUCACUACGCGCAAUCCCCUCUGGACCUACCUCAAACUCCAACUAACCCACCAGCCCCCCGUCUCACAGUCAACCCUCACCCAACCACUCGACCCUCUCACAGCGCGCACCUACCUCUCCGCCGCACUCAACCAAUUCCUCGGGCUUUCCGGCACGGCCAUUUCGAUUGAUAUAUUGAAGAUCGAACCUUCCACGGGCACAAAUGCCAAGACCAUCUGGAUUCGAGUCCCCGCACCGGAUGCAUCAGCCGUCGUCGCAGCGUUGAGUUCGUGGGUCGGGGGUAGCAGUUCGUCGGGCGAUGCGAAUGGUGCUGGCAAUGUUGCCUGGCGGGUUUGUGCCAAGGGAAACUUUCUCCAGGCGCUGGUGAAUGGUUCUGGCGCAGAGAUGUUCGUUCCGUGA